GCCGUCUGUCACAGUUUAUUUCUUUUGUUUAUACCGGAGCCAUCUUGACUUGAUGUGGCGCAGAGAUGUGACGUAUAAGACGGAAGCUACUCAGAGCGCACGCGUCGUGUCUGUAGACACCAGUGAGAGAUGGAGCUUCAGUCUGGGAGGACAGAAACAGUGAAGGAGGGAGGGGUGAGACAGACAGGAGGAGAUGAGGAGGAGGGAGUGACGGCGGCAGGAGGAGGGGUAAAGAAGGCUGGGACAAAGAGGAGACAUGAGGAAGAGGACGAUGAAGAGGAGACUUCACCCACCAAGAAGCAGGUGAUGGAUCACAGCGUGAAGGUGGCCACUCACUACAACAGUUUGCAGGAAGUUGGUCUGGCCGCUCGAAGUCGAAGCAGAAUCUUCUUCAUGAGGAACUUUAACAACUGGCUGAAAAGCAUCUUGAUUGGUGAGAUCCUGGAGCAGGUGCGAGGGGCGGGGUCUCGGCAGGUAUCGGUGUUGGACCUUGGCUGUGGAAAAGGAGGAGACCUGCUGAAGUGGAGGAGAGGCGGGAUCAGUCACCUGGUCUGUGCAGAUAUAGCAGCAGUGUCGGUGGAGCAGUGUCAGAGUCGUUAUGAAGAGAUGAAGAAGAAAAGUCACUUUAAUGAGAAAAUCUUCAGCGCUCAGUUCAUCACUGCAGAUUGUUCUAAGGACGUGUUGUCUGCGAAGCUGGAUGAUCCCAAGCUCCUGUUUGACGUGUGCAGCUGUCAGUUUGUUUAUCACUACUCGUUUGAGAGCGAGCAGAAGGCGGACAUGAUGCUGAGGAACGCCUGCGAGCGUCUCAAACCAGGAGGUUACUUCAUCGGAACGACGCCGGACGCCUUCGAACUCGUGAAACGCUUGGAGGCAUCGGACUCUCUGUCGUUUGGUAACGAGGUUUUUAAAGUUUCCUUUCAGUCCAAAGGUUCUUAUCCUCUGUUCGGGUGUCAGUAUCACUUCAGCCUCGACGACGUGGUCGACGUUCCUGAGUUCCUCGUCUACUUUCCCCUCUUUGAACACAUGGCGAAGCGUUACAACAUGCGUCUGGUGUUGAAGCAGAGAUUCUCUGAGUUCUCUGAGGAGAAGGUGAUGAAGGAGCAUCAUCGUAGCCUCAUGAUGAAGAUGAUGGCUUUAGAGCCGUUUCCCUGUGAGGAUGGAGGUCGACAGGCUACAGACGGCACAGGAGAGUACCGCCAUGCCAAAGAGCACUGUAGCAGAGCUGGAAUCAAACCACCAGUGGGCACUCUGAGCAGAUCUGAGUGGGAAGCAGCCAGUAUCUAUCUGGUAUUUGUGUUUCAGAAGAUGGGUUUUGACUGAAGAGAAAAUCUUCUUCAGCGUGUGAAGUGAGCAGCUGCUCAUUUGUUUAUCUUGUGUUUUGUACAGUUUACCUGUAAAAUCAGUGUUUGUUAAAAUGUGAACUGUUCUGGUUUGUUGAAAGUGAUUAAAAACAAAUGCAA